AUGCAACAACUAAUCAGCCCUCAACAACUUGGAUUCAUGCCGAACCGCUUCAUUGGCGAGCACGGCUUCACAUUACAGACCACCAAACUCCUAGCUACUACCAACCACUCAUCCACCAUUGCCCUUCUUUUGGAUCAAGAAAAAGCAUAUGAUCGUAUUCAUCCCGAAUAUCUUCAACACAUUAUGCUCCAAUUUGGUAUUCCACGAUCAUUAAUACACUGUAUCAUCUCACUUUUCUUCUCCACUAACAUUCAGAUCAACAUUAAUGGCCACAUCACCACGGCACCUCUUCCUCAAGAAAGAGGUCUUCGCCAAGGUGAUCCACUCAGUCCCCUCCUUUUCAACAUUGCUUUUGACCCUUUCCUCCGCUCCAUUCAACAGAACCCUACUUUUGAGGGUUUCCAUGUACAACAAGAAGCCCCACCACAUCCAUCACCUACUGUUGACAUAGACAAUCUAACCGAAAGCCUCACCAACGCAUCCUCUCCGCCAGCCUCCCCUCGCAACACUCCUUCAGUCUCUCCCACCCAUCGCAAUCCAAUUAAGUACAAAAUUCUAACCUAUGCAGAUGACACAUUAGUCUAUUUGAAGAACUUUUCGGGUUUUCUUCUUCUGCAGGACUCUAUCAAUACAUACAUGAAAGCAUCGAAUGCACUACUAAAUUACAGGAAAACUAUAGCCAUUUCGCUCUCUGGACACCCACAACCAGAUUGGCGCGAGUUUCUUGCUACUCACCAAAUCCACCAAAUGCAUGACCGCACCUCUCCUGAUCCAGUAAUAUAUCUUGGCUAUCCCAUAUGCUCCAGUUUAUCUCAACGCAACCUCGCUUUCCAGCAACUCUACAACAAUAUCCAACAAUGCAUCCAUAUUCCUCCAUUCGUGGAAGAGCUACCGUUCUCAACACACUCAUUUUCUCGAAACUCUGGCAUCCUUGGGUCCUCCUUCAUUAACUUUCGUAUUUUCCCCAAACUAUCCUUUAGAACCCUUCAACAGCCUCGCCGUCAUGGCGGCCUCCAAGUUUUAGAUCCCAUUGUCCAACAACAAGCUCUCCAAUGGCGCUGGAUUUGCCCCCUCAUUUUAGCCACCUGUCAUUCACCACUAUUACCGACAUACACCACCCCAAACAUUCCACUCUUUCAGUACACCUUGCAAUGGUAUUUCCACUCUACCGCUUUCUCUGAUUACUUUUACUACUUACUCUUUCCUGCUGCUCGACAAACCAUCUGGUUCCAACAUCGACCCAGCCCACACCAAGCUUUCCUUAACAUACUUACCAAUGUCAUUACCACCAUGGAUCAAGUACCUCGCUCCUUCACAACCUGUCACUUAGAUUUUCAUACAGGUUUAUCAUUACCUUUCCUUGAAAUUAUCUUACAUACCCUUCCUUCUACUCACCCCCAUUUCUCUUCUUUCACAGCUCCAGAUCAACUGUUUGACCGACAUCACGCCGUCCAGAAACUGCUCGCAAUAGAUGUGUUUACCUUUGACUUGGACUUACAAGUGAUCCGUCUUAGAAACUGGACCUUCCUUGAGUUUUGCCAUUAUCCAAGAAUAUCUCAUCGAGUUGCCCGUUGGAUUGAGGAAGGCCAAAUCUACCUCCAACCAUUCUUUCUCGCUCUCUGCCGUCAGGCCCCUCGCCAUUCAUUUACCAGUGCCUCCUUUGGUGCCAACCCCCACAACAUCCGCCCACUCAUUCGCCGUCUUAUCAAACCUAUAACACCACUACCUUCAACAGUGCCACUCAACAGUAUUCAAUACUACAAACACUUGGUUUCCACUGAAAUGCCCACCAUCAACACUUCACCUCUUUCCCCCUCCCAAUGGCGCCUCUUUUGGAAACUACCUAUUCUCCUUCAAUCCCGAACUGUAUGGUAUAGACUUAUCCAUCGAAAAAUUCCCUCCAAAUCGAUCCUCCACCACUUCAUCCCCACAACUCACCCUUCACCUUCGUGUCCUCUCUGUUUGACCCAGAGCCCGGAGGAUAUCCAACAUUUCUUCUUUACUUGUCCUCUCAAACUCGCUGUAUGGCGGUUCCUUGCCACUACAUACCUAUCCCACACACCGAUGACCGACGACGUCCAUCUCCCAUUCCUCCACGGCAUUCAAACUCUAUCCUUAGCUGAACCCACUCGCUCUGCCUCCUUACCUUUUCCAGAGCUUACCGUUUACCAAGUUUUCGCUACCAGUCUACUCUGUAUAUGGCAAGCCCACUGGCGCUCCAUCUUCGACCAUGUCCCUUUUGUCACCCUCAACGUUAACACAUCUAUUGCCCGUUCUCUGUCUCGCUUGGAAUCGGAAUUACAGUUUGAUUUGUAA